UAUGUGUGUGUGUGUGUGUGUGUAAGUCUUGCACAGGGAAAUGCCUCAGAUCUCACAUACACAAUUCAGAAGAAUUCAGCUCUUACAUUUGAUUAAUUCAGUCAUUAUUCAUUUCAGCUAUUUGUGUUUUCUCACAGAUCACUGGAGCUCAUCUCAGUGUGUCUGGACUCAUGCGGAUCCAUCCGUGAUUUGUAUCCUUCAUUGGAACUGUCUGUUGGAAUGGAUCAGAUUUCAGUGGAAUGUAGAACAAGACACAUAGAGAUCAACAUCUGGGAAAAACACAGCAGCCUUCCUGAAAGAGUCGGUCUGUGGACGAGACCAAGUUCUUGCCCCGUAUGUCAUUCGACAAAGAUAUUCAUUCACAUACAGCUAGAAAUGAAGAUAGUUUGAUAUGUUUGUAUCACACACAAACACCUGACAGAUACAAUUACAUUCACAGAAACAUGAGCGUCUCUUCCUAGCAAAUGUGAACUGAAGCAGUGGCUCCUUAUUAGAGCAAAUUAAUUAGUCUUCGCCAUCCAUCCAUCUAGAAAUGAAUCUCUCUGUCCAUGAAGACAAAGGAUUUUUAAAAAACAUUUAAACAAGGCUUCAUAAAGUUUCCCCUGACAUAUUCAGGAACUGAACUGAAUUCUCAUUAUUAAAGACGGCUAAUACAAAAUGAGCCCUUAAAUGUUUCCCACAUAGUCAAAUGACGUCCAUCAUGUUUUUUCUUUUAGUCUGCCACUGUCCAUCAAUCACUGGGCUGAGCUGCGUCUGAGAAAGUCUUUGCCUCUUUCCCACAAUUCAACUGUUUAUUGACUUUCCUGUUAGAGACAAUGAUCACAAUGGGACUGACGGCGGCGUACAGAGACGAGAAGAAGAUCCUCAGAUCUGAGAUAAGCGAGGAGCCCAGUGUCUGAGGCACGGUCAGCGUAUAAACCCACAGUCCGUUGUCCACCCCGUAAAACAGCACGUAGAGCGUGACUAGAGUGAUGACGGUGAGGGCGGCGCGGCGCUCCGCAGAUGGACCCUGCCUCGCCCCGCCACCCCGCCGACCCUUCACCUGCCGGCUGUGACGGAGCAGGAACACCAGCAGGACCAGGCUGGCCGUCGCCAUCAGAGCCAUCGGCACCACGUCUCGUCCCACUUGCACCGCGCCGUUGGCAUCCCGCGACAACCUGGAUGGGAAGCUCAGGAAGCAGAACUCGAUGUUGAUCCCAUUCUGCAGGAGUCUGGAGUCGUUCCGGGCCCCUACGGCAAACAGCAGCGGAGCGGCACUCAUGGAGGUGUUGAUUAGCCAUAGCGCCAGGAAGAGGACGGCCAGGUACUGGGCGAGAAGAGCACGGACGGCAGCCCAACGCGAGCCCGGCGGAGCCACGCUCAAGCACUGAUACGCACUCAGCACGAAUGUCAGCCAGAUGGACAGAGAUCUGGAGGUGCGGUAGAUGAAAAUGACCGCCUUGCAGCCGGUGUCAUCAAACACAUUGUGGAUCUCAAAUGUGGCCAGGACCUCCAACAGGCAGCGAACGCCCACCACCAUCAGGUUAGCAGACGCCAGGUGCAGCACGAUGGUGUCGGCGGCCGAGAGGCGACCCUCGUGAUACGCCACAGAGAGGAAGGCACAGAUGACCGCGGUGUUGCCUGGAACGCCGGUCACGGCCAGAGACAGGAAGAGCAGGCCACGCGUCAAAGUGUCCGAGUUCAUCUCAACCGCUUCUGUUCUCCUGCAGCUUCUCUUGAAAGAUCCCCCACCUCAGAAUCAGCCUUCGUUUUAUAGUCUGGCUCGGGCCACUGGGAUGUUCCUGUACGGGACGGUCCAGCGACUUCAGACCUGAGCUCAAUUAUCUGAAUGAUGUGCAGUUGAGUGAUUCUGUCACAGACGCAACACUCUCCUGUGAACGUAUUCCAGUGAGUGUCAGUUUGUGCCCAAAGGACAGCGAGUGCUUGAGCUGAGACUCUCUCAGAACAUGUUCAUCAAAUGUAAUGUCAGGGCCCAUAGCCUUGUCUGCUUCAUCUCUUCCAUGAGCACUCAACCCUGUGAAAGUGUUCUUCACUAUUGUCUCACUGUCUCUCAUUUCCAUCUCUGCUCUUGUCUUUAUUCCUGAGCAAAUUUAGGACUUUAGGACUGUAUGUCAUUCAGAUUAAGAACAUCUUUUAAAUCAAUAAACGCAAACUGAAUCUUAAUGUUUGAACUUAAUGAUUGACUUAAAAUCAGGGAUGGGUUUGAGCUGCCGACUCUAAUGACAUCAAAUGAUAGCGCAUGUUGACUAGAGGAAACCGCGUAGUUUAAGUAUAAACACGGUUCUCAUCUGUUGGCGUGUGCGUCUGGCCCGAGGGAAUCGUGGGUCACUGAUAUCACGGUACAUGAAGAACUCAUUAAAGUCACAUCAGAAAACAGAAAACAGACCAGCCCAGACCUGCUGUAAAGCAUCCGCUCAUCCCAAACCUCCUCAUUACAGAGCGUGUUUGCAAAGAUUUAAUUAGAUAAUGCUCUUAAUGUUUUCUAAUUAUCUCAUGAGGGACACCAUUAGUAGAAAAUUAACAGCUGGUCUCACCAACGAAAAACUAUAGAUUUUUAUGCGUCACAAAUAGUGUUAGUUGAUUAAAAAUGUAAACAGAUCGACCACAUUUACCACUCAUCAUAAAUAUAAACGUGAAUGAAAUGAGAAACGCAAACAUGAAAAAAUACAGAAGAAUGGAGAAAAAUAUUAAUUUGUGAAAAAUUUCAGCAAAAUCAAAAUCAUCCACUGAGGGCAAUGUCUUCUGUUUUCUCAGCUUGCCAUUGACAGAAACACAAGCUCUUUUAGUCAUGGAGUAAUUAAGAUGCACCUCAGGUGGACACUUUGGUCUCCUUUGUGUCUUCUUGUGGGUUUUUGGGUCCCUGGCGGUUCCCACGGGGGCAUUAGAGGCUUUAUAUUCAGACAUGGACUUCAGAAAGCCCUUCAAACAGAGCAUUCACACUCGAUCUCUAAAUGGAUCUCUGUGUCACCAUCAAAGGGGUCUCGUUCCUCCUGCAGGCGGGUCUGGGGAUCCUGGCCAACACGCUGGUCCUGCUGGCCUACGUCCACAUCAUGCUGACCGACGCUCAGCUGCAGCCCGUGGACUCCAUCCUGUGCCACCUGGCCUUCGCCGACCUGCUGCUGCUGCUGACUCGCUGCGUCCCGCAGACCAUGACCGUCUUCGGCAUGAAGAACCUGCUGGACGACGCCGGCUGCAAGGCGGUCAUCUACACCUACCGCAUCGCCCGAGCGCUGUCCGUCUGCAUCACCUGCAUGCUGAGCGUCUUCCAGGCGGUGACCGUCGCGCCGGCGGCCGGGCCACUCCUGUCGGGCUUGAAGAUCCGGCUGCCGCGGCUGGUCGUCCCCACUUUUGUCAUGCUGUGGUUCAUCAACAUGGCCGUCUGCAUCGCCGCCCCGUUCUUCUCCGUCGCCCCUCGCAACGGCACCGUCCCGCCGUUCACCCUCAACCUGGGCUUCUGCCACGUGGACUUCCGGGAUAACCUGUCCUACGUGAUUAACGGGGUGGCCGUGUCGGUUCGUGACUUUGCGUUCGUGGGCGUGAUGCUGGGCUCCAGCAGCUACAUCCUGGUCCUCCUUCACCAGCAUGGCAGGAAGGUGCGGGGCAUGCGGCGCUCACAGGGUGCCACGAUGGAAACACGGGCGGCCAAGACGGUGGUGAUGCUGGUGGUUCUGUACGUGGUGUUUUUCGGAAUCGACAACAUCAUCUGGAUCUACAUGCUGACAGUGCCGCAGGUGCCUCCGGUGGUGGCCGACAUGAGGGUGUUCUUCUCCUCAUGCUACGCCUCGCUCAGCCCGUUCCUCAUCAUCUCGUCUAAUAAGAAGGUCAAAGCAAGGAUGGUGUGUGCGACCUCGUCAGACCAGGAGCGGCAAGCAGAGGAUAGCAAGGACUCAAAAGCUGCCAAAAACUGAGCUUAACAAAGUCUUAUAUUUGUAGUUUUGUAAUAGUCACAAAUAUGUGUCCCCGCAGCACAAAAAGCAGUCAUAAGUAGCACAGGGAUAUUUGUAGCAAUAGACAACAAUACAUUGUAUGGGUCAAAAUUAUACAUUUUUCUUUUAUGCCAAAAAUCAUUAGGAUAUUAAGUACAGA